AUGGGAAAGAAAGGCCAAACUAGGAUGGCUAUGUGGCUCUUUUCUGAGAUGCGUAAUAGUGGGUGCCGACCUGACACUUCUGUUUAUAAUGCUCUAAUUACUGCCCACCUCCACACUCGGGAUAAAGGAAAGGCAUUAGCCAAAGCGCUUGGUUAUUUUGAGAAGAUGAAGGGAAUGGAACGUUGUCAACCCAGCAUUGUGACAUAUAAUAUUCUUUUGAGAGCUUUUGCUCAAGCCCGAAAUGUUGCUCAAGUUAAUGCUUUGUUCAAAGAACUUGAUGAAAGUUUUCUUUCUCCCGAUAUUUAUACUUACAAUGGUGUGAUGGAUGCAUAUAGGAAAAAUGGGAUGAUCAGAGAAAUGGAAGAUAUACUUUCCCGCAUGAAACGUGCUCGGUGUAAGCCAGAUAUUAUUACAUUUAAUUUGCUGAUUGAUUCAUAUGGGAAGAAGCAAGCUUUUGACAAGAUAGAACAAGUGUUUAAGAGCUUGUCGCACUCCAGGGAGAAUCCAACACUGCCAACAUUUAAUUCAAUGAUCAUUAACUAUGGGAAAGCAAGACUUCGAGGGAAAGCUGAAGACAUUUUCCUAAAGAUGGCUGAUAUGAAGUACAAACGAAGCUUCAUAACAUAUGAGAGUCUUAUUACAAUUUUGCCUGUGGAAGCAGAUGCACUUUUUGACAACCUGCACGAUUUGAAGGUGACUCCAGAUUUGUCAACAUAUAGACUUCUUUACAAAGCCUACACCAAAGUCAAUAUGAAAUAUCUAGUACAAAAAUUGCUAAAGCGGAUGGAGAGAGAUGGUAUAGUCCCAAAUAAAAGAUUUUUCUUGGAGGCUUUGGAAACUUUCGGGUCUAAAAUGGCUAGUCCAGAAUCAGCUAGUGCUAAAAUGAUCGUUGGAAUGAUGGGCAAGUUAGCACCUGAUCACUUAGCUGUUGAGCGCAUUGUUUGUUUCCAUAUGAUCUGGCGCAGGAUAUUUAAGAUCGGGAUUCAGGAUAGAGAAGCCAGUUUUUUGUUAUCAAAUAUAAGAAUGAAAGAAGAUCAGGAGUAUUAA